GUUGCACUGAGAAGGCAGCAAGCUCAGGAGGAGGAACUGGGCAUCAGCCACCCGGUGCCCCUGCCGAGUGCCCCUGAGACGUUCGUUAAGAAGAACAGUGGUGGCAGCUCUUGUCUCUUGUUGGAAAGCAGCAGCCCUACGCACUCGACAAGUACAGCCAUGACAGCAGCUAGCACACCGUCAGAGGGACGGAUGCUCAUUCAGGACCUCCCUUCCAUCCCCAGCAGAGGGCACUUGGAGAGCGCGUCUGAUUUGGUUGUGGACUCCACCUACUACAGCAGUUUUUACCAGCCAUCCCUGUAUCCUUACUAUAACAACCUGUACAACUACUCCCAGUACCAAAUGGCAGUGGCCAGUGAGCCUUCCUCAAGUGAGACGGGGGGUGCAAUUGUAGGGUCGGCCAUGAAAAACAGCCUUCGAAGCCUCCCAGCAGCAUAUAUGCCAAGCCAGUCAGGAAAACAGUGGCAGGGGUGAUGUGAUGUGAAGGGCAUGGAAAGCCGCCACACCGUCAGCUCCCAGUACCGCAUGUGUUCCUACUACCCACCUGCUUCCUACCUGGGACAGGGUGUUGGCGCUCCCACGUGCCUUCCACAAAUCCUGACUUCUGAGGAUAUCCCCUCCUACUCGGAGUCAAAGGCAAGAGGUAAGUGCACCCACUGGGACCACCUUGCCUUAGGACAGGCAUCCAGGAGGCUUGGGUUGCUCCUGGGAAGGAAGCUAGGCAUCAGAAG